UAGAGAUACACACUGAGAGUCUUACUCAUCAAUUGACUGAUCAUUUGAUACACGAACAGCAGCCAUGAACAGUGGAACUUUUCAGAAAAAAACUGUCUUUAAAGCUAAAGUGUACAGAAUUCCUGCUCUUUUCUAUGAUACAGAAAGGGAAACUCUUCUGGCCUUUGCAGAGCAGCGGGAGACUACAGCUGAUACCUCUACUAAAAAUCUGGUUAUGGCAAAAGGAAAGGUAUCCCGCAGUGAGAGGAGUAUUCAGUGGACAGAGCCUGAAGAAGUGAAAGAGGCACAUCUUGAUGGACACCGUCCCAUGAACCCCUGCCCAGUGUAUGACAAGAAAAACAGCAAACUCUUCCUGUUUUUCAUCUGUAUCGAGGGCAAACUCUCAGACUGGGACCAGAUAGAUAAGGGCACCAACAAGACCCGUCUCUGCUACAUCACGAGUGAGGAUCACGGAGAUAACUGGAGUGAGGAGGUGACGGAUUUGACGGACAAACUGGACGAAAUUAAGGACUGGGCCACCUUUGCAGUUGGGCCAGGCCAUGGUCUUCAAACAGAGUCUGGUAGAUUGAUUGUUCCUGUUUAUGCUUAUAAUUCCUGCUGCCCCUCAUCGUGUUUUUGUUUUGUCAAACGUUGCUGCACUAAACCAUAUGUACUCGCCCUGUACAGUGAUGAUUCAGGUGUCAGUUGGCAGUUUGGGAAAAUGCUUCAGACUAUUUCAGUUGAAUGUCAAAUGGCAGAGUUUUUUGAUGAAGGAAACAAAAGCAUCAUCUACUGCAAUGCCCGUAGUGAGGGCGGCUAUCGAGUGGAGGCUGCCAGUGGAAAUGAUGGAGGUGAUUUUUCCCAGCUGUGUGGUGCUGAGAAGCUUGUUGAAACAUGUGGAGGUUGUCAGGGAAGUGUGGUCUCCUUUCCAGCUCAAAGUGAAGGUGAAAAUGCAGAGGGUGAGCAAAAAGAGAACCAGAACAAGUGGCUGCUCUUCACUCACCCAAGUUACAAGUGUAAAAGGAUUAAUUUAGGAGUGUAUCUGAACAAAUCCCCAAAGUCUCCAAGUGCAUGGAGCAAACCCUGGAUCAUUAACCAUGGACCCAGUGGUUACUCAGACCUGGCUUACAUUGGUGGUGGUUGGUUUGCUUGUCUAAUGGAGUGUGGGGAGACAAAAGAAACUGAGCAGAUAGCCUCUGUGGUUUUUAGCUACAAAGACAUUGAGCCAUGCAUCACUGAUUCAUGUCUGUGUCACUGUCUUUAACUGACAUGACGCCUUUUGUUGCUGUCAAACCAUAAGAGACAUGUUGUCUUCCACAUAUGAAACUUCAAAGUAAUUUGCUGUUUCAUACAAGUAAUGCUACUGCAGUGAAAAACUAAUUAGAACUGAUGAACAUAUUACAUAUUUACAAGCAGUUAUAUUUACAUGCUCUGCCUUUUAAAAUAAUUAACAGCCAUAUACAAAUACAGUUAACUUUAAGUUGCUUAUAUUUUCAUUUACGUUUGAUUUGAUUUUGAUUUCAGCUCUAACAAUCAUGAAAGUUAUGCAUGAAAAUAUACAGACAUGUUAAACUGUAUUUCUUUAUUGUACUUGUAAAGAUGUCAUAUGUGUGAGUUUGUGUUGUUUAUCAAAUGUAAAGAAUUAAAUAUAUUUCACAAAUACUUUAUUAUAACAGCUGUCUUGAUUAGUUAAAAUAAAUAUUGAACAAUCUGUUUUGUUUGACAUUUGACACUCUUUUCAGUAGCUGAGACAAAGUGCAUCUUCUUUUCAUCUUAAUGAGGCUUCAAGGGAAACUGUCAGGUUUGAUAAAGUAAAACUUCACAAACAAAAUACUAUUGCAGUGAAAACAUUUUCAUCACUGUUGAAAAUAUUAAAAGUUUCUGCUCUGGACCAGAUGUGAAACUUUUAAUAUUUUAACUUUUUGCUCAACUUGUUUUUACUGAGGAUGAUUGGAAUUACUGAAUUGAGAAAUUGCUAAAACAGACUGGAGAGGUUUUUUAUUUUUUGCAAUAUUUCACCUUCCUUUCCCACUUGUAGGGCUGUGACAAACUUAAAAUGCGUUGUUACUUUAGUCAUUUCUGAAACACAUUUCAAGGUUUUGUGUUUGUGUUAUGAUGUGUGUUGAUUUGUAUGUUCAAAUCCUGGUUGUUUCUUAUUGUGCUUUUCCAUUUACUGAUGUAUGUAAUGACAUAUAUUCUUCAAUAACAAGAAAAUAAUAAACUACAAUAAUAUGA